AUGUAUAUCCUCAGAUAUCUGGCUUAUGAACGGUUCCAAAGCCAUGGUAGACGGUGGAAUGAUCAGCUUUUGAUCUCGAACUACGUUGUGCCCGAGAUCAGGCUAAGAUCGGCUUUGGGGUUUUUCCAAUGUCCACAAGCCGAUCGCAAUCACGACGCGACGGCUAUUCCGCGGAUGCUGCCUGCUGAAACAACCUCCAAGCCGUUCGCAUACCUGGAUUCGGCAGGCGGCAUAGAAGGCGAUGUGGACGGUUGUCGUGCCUUGGGUAUCCAACAAGGAGUACGAAACACGUCGCACGAGCCAUCUGAGGAGACGAGACGAGGCACGACAGAAACCGUCAAGACUGCAAAACUAGUGGUUAGGGUUGCCAUAGGCCGGGCCCUGACGACUCGAGUGUCGAAACACGGGCUUCCGGAAGCCAAGCAAGGCCAGGAUGUCGCAGACGAACGAGUUGUGACGAAGAUGGGAGGGAGAAGAGGGGUAGUAGUAGGUAGGUACAUGUUGCAGCUUUGCAAAGCAGCGGGUACCAUGGUACUAGGCAAUUUGUGGGAGCGGACUGGUGUUCGGGCCCGCUUUGGACUGCAAGUCGGACCCCCCAAGGCUGCCCCUUCCGAUGGGAACCCCCGUCUCGUCUUUUCCCGCCCUCGUUCGCUCGAUGGGCUCGCCGCCAGGGUUGCUGAGCAUUGGGUAGGUACCUCUUAUGUACUACAUGGUUCGACUUCCAAGGCAUGGCUGGACGGUCGAGGGGCUUCCUUGACGUUUCGUCGCAUCGACCGCCGUAAAGGAAGGAGAGCAACAGCGAAACGACCGACUGCUAAGUGCCACCUGCUUCAAGCACUCACCGUCACCGUCACCGUCACCGUCACUGGUUCCCUUGUUCCUUCCAUCCUGGGGACGGCACCUGCCAACGGCCAAACCACGCUCACGACAAACGACGACAACAACACCAAACAACAGCAGCAGGUUGUUGCCUGUCACCCCUCCAACUCACCUGCCUCGUCUCCUCCAUUCCACCCUUCUGCGCCUUUUAUUUUCCGUGCCGCACUCCAUUCAGGUGCGUCGCGCCUUCCUUGUCCCACUGUCCCCUCCCCCUCCCCUUCCUCCAUCGUUUCCCACGCCCCUGUGCCUCUCCUCUACCCGCCUGCUAUCGUCGGCUGUGUGAGCACCAAGACUGGGUCUAGAACGAGGGCUCACGUAACCCGUCUCUCGUCGUCUGCUCGCCGCCAGUCAGUCAGUCAGUCUGCACUGCACUGCACUGCACUGCACUCCACUCCACUGUGUUGCGCUGUGCUGCACUGCUCGUCGCUGCCAGCCAUGGACACGACAAACGGGCUUGCUGGUUGCACUGCGACUCGUUCACACACCUCCUACCCCACUCCCCCAAUGCACAGCACACAACUCCACACAGGGCGAGCUGCCAUGUCUGCCUCGCCCACUACACGCUUGCUGUACGAAGCUGACAGUCCAACGCUGAAAAGGGCUCUCUCUACACCUAAUUCUUCUUUUCCUUCCAAGAAACUCGAGCAGGCGUUUCCACACUGCCCCAACCCACCACCCACCUCGCCGCACGCCCGUCGCUGGGCCAGUCACUCCGGCAGUCGCUGCCCCAAGCUGGUCACACCCACCCCACCUCGACAACCCAACAUGGUUCAAACGAGCGCGCGUUCACCGCUGCCAAUGCCUUCGUUCGGUUCGGUGUUUGGAGCAGAAUCUCGCCAAUCUAGGCUCCAGGGCCACACUUUUGCAAAUGGCUCCAAUCUAGCACGGCCGCACACAAGCGGGAACCCAAAUACAAGCGCACCCUUCUCCACCUUUCAUCUUCACCACGAUAGUCGGGACAGCAACUCGACAGCCUCCUCAGACAACUCGCCGACCACCACCAUCUCUACCAUGGACUCGUCGUCUGUCACCGACCCGUCGCCAGGUGUAUCACCAGAGUCGCCUCUGGCCAAGACAAACACACCUUCCUCCUUCGUAGCCGACUUUCGAUCCCGGAGAACAGAGCCAGCUUCGGGCGACUCGUCGAGUACUUUCUUCGAGUUACAGAGACCGACGACGCCUGCAAAAAAGCCGCGCAACUUGAAGAAUCUGGGCAUCAAUACAGCCUCCUCGCUGAGCAAUCUACGUGGAAACGCACCAGCGUCUGUGGCUCCCAAGGAGAAGACUAGCUCUGCGCCGCCUUCUCCUCUGUUCAUUAAGCCGCCCACUCCGCCAAAGAGGCGGCCGUCCAAUCUGAGCUUGACCAUCUCCACCCCUGGCAGUAAUGAAGGCAAGCCUGUGAGGCUCCUCAUUCCUUCCACGCCAUCCUUUAAUCGCCCUGCAUUGCGCCACUUCCAAUCUUCACCAUCCUUGCCAAUAUGUUCGAGCGCAAACCUCAAGGGCCCCAAGGGAGGUAUGCAAUUGCCUCCAUUGCGCCCCAUCACCACGAAACCCUCUGGCCUUUCAGAGGUGCCGUUCGAGAUGGAAGAAGAGGAGGACCAGGAACCCAAUUUCGAUAUACCGCAGUCGCGGGAAGAGAAGCCGGCUGCAUACCCAAACGGACCGAUCUGCAUAUACGAGGCUGGCGUAUAUCUCUACUUUGAGCCAACAGCUGAACAAGCCACUACUUUCGAUGUCAUCAUCAACGUAGCCAGUGAGGUCAAAGAUCCAUUUCUUUCGUCCGCGCCAGAGACUCAGAAGGACAUUGACGCUCGACGUGUAGAUGGGCCACCGGCAGAAGAUGUCGACUUUGCUACGCUUGCGCAGCGUCUGAAGCCUGCAUCAUUCUCACCGGAGAGCUCAUCCACAUCCAAAACUGCGCCGACGAUGAAGGUGACGCCGCCACGAAAAGUUGUCCUGGACGGCAAGACAUACACCACGCCAGAGUACAUACACGUACCAUGGGAGCACAACACUGACAUUGUGCCUGACCUCUACAAGCUUGUGAAGAUCAUGGACGAUCAUCUGAAGCAAGGGAGACGUGUGUUGAUCCAUUGCCAAUGCGGUGUCAGUCGGUCAGCUAGCUUGAUUGUUGCAUACGGACUAUACAAAGAUCCCCAGAUGAGCGUCCAAGAAGCGUACGACAAAGCAAAGAAGCGGAGCAAGUGGAUUGGACCGAACAUGAACCUCAUCAUGCAGCUACAAGAGUUCCGCAAUGGUCUGUUGAGGCAGAAUGAGAGCCGGUCCUAUCAUAACCAGGGUUAUGGUCGACGCUCUGCUGGGCUUCCGAGUACAAGGUCGACCAAUGGCAACGUGUACUCGCCUUUUGAUAGAGAUAGUCCAUCAGGAUCACGUACUCCUCAGACCGCGCCGCUGCCUCCGGAGAGUGAUAUCAGCAUGCAAAGAGCCAGCACAGGGAAUAUCAUGGCCAUCUCACCAGGACCAUUGUCGGCGCCUACGGGCAUCUUUGCUCCAGGAUUCCGUCGCUCAUGGGACUCCAGCAACACCCACUUCGACCUCUCGUCACAGUCCACGCCAACGACGACCCCUCAGGUUGGCCCCAGAGACCAGCCUGUGCCAACCCUUUCGAUUGGUAACGACUUGCCGACGACUUUUAGACGAGAUGAUUCAGCGACAGAGACUACAACUUCAAAGCAAGAUACCACCUCGCUGCCAUUGUCGGUUCCCAACUUCUCUCGCCAACUACCACUAAGGCUAUCUGAUAACCAAGACGAGGAGUCAACCUGUGGCACGUCAGAAAGGCUUUUAGCUCCGAUGCAGUCUUUUGCAACGCAGUCUUUGAAAUCACCCGCCGUGUCUACUUUUAGCAUUCCCCGCAUGGGGUUCCAGGAUCCUUCUUACGAGACGGAGGUCACAUCACCAAUCAAAACAUCGUUUGGCGAAGACGCGUGGCCACGAGGAUAUGACGUCGAACCGCAAUCAGAUGUACCUGCGCUGAAAGUACGCGACAUGUCGACGCCGCUGGCACCGAUCAGAUCUACUGAAAUCAACAUGGCUGGGCUCAGCAGUAGGGCAGGUAUUGGUGACAGUUUCCUCACACCACAUACACCUUUUAGGCUUGGUCAGCCACCGCCAUCACCGAAACCUCGCUUCGUUGCAAGGCCAGACGAGGCGCCGGAAGUUGCAUCUCCCAUUGCCACACACUUUCCCAAGGAUGUAUUUGGUAGUGCCGAUGAUGUGAUGGAGGAUGAAUUAAAGUCUCCGCGCGCAACAGAGUUCCACAUGACUCCAUUGAAACCAAGGCUGUCAAAAGAUGAGGAUCCAUUUGGCCUAACAUCGCCGACACGAAUGGAGAGCGCUUGCAAUCCCUUCGAGCUUCAAAGCCUUGCAGCGCUAAAGGCGGUUAAGGCCGAAGAUCGGCGACCGUCAUUCCAGGCCAUCUUGCCACCGGAGCACCAGACUUUCAACGGAUUUGCUUCUAUUGACGGCACCACCCAGGCAAAUUCCCCACCCUUUGUCAGCCUCCAUGCUACGCCCAACAUUGGUCUUGAGUCAGCCACGGACCAUGAUAGCAAAUCCGAAGAGGUCAAAGACCAUGCUCCUAUCGCUGCAUCUACAUCUAGCCUGUUGGAGACACCGAAUCUCUCGCAGAGCCAAAGCCACAAUUCCUCGUCGACAUCUGCAAAGGCCAUCCGAACACGGUUCUCGUCGCCGAACAUGCGUGAUCAGCGAAAAUUGCAGAAGCUGCAGACCGAGAUCCAGUCCAAGUUGCCUAAGCCGAACGUUGCCCAGCAUUCUAUGGAUGACAUUGACGCUUUGACGUCACCACGUGCGGAAGAAUUCACAAGGAACCCCUUUCACAUCGAGCUGUCCCCCGCGAACGACGAGUCCAGCCCAGUUUCAUCAAACGAGACAAUCAAAGAUGGCCGCAACGGGCAUGACUGGAGCGAUCCCCCGCUCCGGCAAUGGACACCUGAGAAGGCUGCUGUUGAUCCUAGAAGUCCAGUACAGACAGGCAACAGCCCUAUAGUUCGCAACAUUUGGGAUGUACUGUGA